ACCUAGGUCAGAAAUGUGGUGAUCAUCAACCUUUGUCUUCUCUAGGAGUGAGACCUGGACCUUGAAAGAGCCAAAAAAGGUUUCCAAGAAAAUGAAGCGUGCAUUCCGAGUUCCUGAUCUGAGCGGGAUGCUGCAAGUGUUUAAAGAGCUCACAGAGGCCCAAUGCUACUGGGUGAACGUGAUGCUGAGUCCAACUAGCUCUAGUAACAUUGUUAUAUCUGCGGAUCAGAGACAAGUGAGAAUUAUGCAACCUGUUACAUCUGGGGAUACAGGUUCAUAUGAUUUUUCUGUUUUUGAUGCCGUGGGCCUCCAAAGUUUCUCCUCAGGGAAAUUUUAUUGGGAAGUAGAUGUGUCUAAAAAGAUUGCCUGGAUCCUGGGGGUAUGCAAUCGUAAAUUUUACCACGCAAGAAGAUUAUUUUAUCAGUUGAAGCUCAGAAAAGAAAAUCGUCUAAAAGUUUACUCCAAAUUCAGACCUCAAGCUGGCUGCUGGGUUAUAGGAUUACAGGAUGAAUCUGCGUACAAUGCCUUUGAGGACUCUUCCACCUCUGGUUACCAUGUCUUGACUCUUUCCGUGCCUGUUCCUCCCCAUCGUGUUGGGGUUUUCCUAGACUAUGAA